AUGGUGCUAGCUUUUACUCUUCCAGGGCAUGAGCCAUCGCUUCAUCCACAUAAGGAGGAGAAGAAAAUGGAUUGCAGGGAAUAUGAACUUCCAGAGUGGUGUAAAAGCCUGGAAUGCCGCAUGGGGGAUUUACGUAUCGAAGCCACCAAAGUAUUCAUGCAAGCAAAUUUUUAUGAGGAUCAACUCCCUGCUCAUAUUCGGUGGUUACGUGGGGUCUUCAAUACUCUCUAUUCUAUUCUGAGAAAUAUCGUUAAGAUAACGGAGAAUGAAAGGAAGGCGAAAGAAUUGGUAGAGGGACUGCCCAUUGUAACAGUUUCAGAUUUUCAUGUUGAUGAUGGGCUUUUCUGUGGAGUUUGUAGGGAUGAUUUUAUUUGGGGAGAAGAGGUUCGAGAAAUUCCUUGUAUGAUCGGACAUAUAUUUCAUUCUCACUGUAUUUGGCCAUGGCUUGAGGAUCACAAUACUUGUCCCAUCUGCACAACACCAUUCUCUAUGGAAAAUGAGCCAAAAACAGUACGAGAGGAUCGAGUGUAG